UGGGUGACGCGAACAACUGCAGCUAGAGCUACCUAGACAGCGAAGUCGGCCGGAGUCGACGCCAUCUCAGUCCCGAAAUGCCAGCCAGCCGCGGGCGUCGCAUCGGGUGUUGACAUGCCCAACUCGGUCCUCAUCCCUCGCCCUCAUCAGUGCCCAGCCGGUCAAUCUCGCCUCGCCUUACCUCGCCGCCUCAACGACCCUUUCUCGCGGCCGCGUCAGGCCACUUCCUGCAACCCGGCGCAGGCUGCCCGCAUGCCCAACAGCCAACAGCCAACACCAGCAAAUCCUCCUCGGCGCAGGCGAGAGCAAAGGCAGGAAGCCGCCGUAUCGGACGCACAAUCCCGUCACCGGUGUGCGCCCUGCAUGAGCCUCAUCCCGGCGUGUGUGUGCGUGCAUAUGCGUGUGUAUGUGUGCGUCCGUCCGUCCCUCUUGCUCGCCAGCCUCGCUCGGUUUUCCCUCCCUGCUUGCCGUCGACGCACCCCCUCCAUUCCCGGAUAUCCCAGCCAGUCCAUCCGAGCCUUUUCUCCCCAGACGCCCCCCUUGCUCCUCACCGAGAUGCUCGCCCCUUUUUUUGCUGCCCAAGCCGCCCCCCAUUCUCAACAUUGUGCACCUGCCCGGCGACGCACAAUCGCCCAGGGAAAAACCGGUCUGCGAAAUACCGCGCGCCUCGCCGACGGGAGGCCAAUCGUCACGCCCCAUCACCCGGCCGACGAGAUCGUUGGCCGUGGAUGGGCGGUGGGCGCAUACAUGCUGUGAAACCCGGGAUAUGAACGGAGCGUCGUCGAGGGUGGAGCACCGGAAGAGGAG